GAUCACUCGCCAAAACUCGAGUGCACUCCGUGCUUGAACGAGCCAAACUAACCCCCCCCCCCCUCCCCUCUUCUCAUCGUCGAUCUUGAGAAGAAGAUGUUUAUCCCCAACUCAUCCUUCGAAGUCCUCGAGGACACGAAGCCCGAUGACACGUCGCUGCCCUCCUUCAUGGUCUCGACGACCCGCGGCUUCUUGGCGCGCAUGGAUCCCAUCGUGACCUUGCCGGCAGAGUUUGACGCUGUCGAGACCCUCCUGCGCGAGAUGCCAGUCAAGACCCUGUCGGGCGCCCCUGGGUUGCUUGCUGACGGGAGGCUAGGGGAUGCCGUGCUGAAUAACCUCCCAGACCUGACGGGUGAGGUCGAGAAGUACCGCGAGAACCUCCCGGUGAUGAAUGCUCUCUACCGCGAUUACUCGUUUCUGGCCUCGGCUUUCUUGUUGGAGCCGUGCCACCUGCGCUUCCUCAAGGGCGAGCCGUACGGACUGGGAAGAGCCUUCCUGCCUGCUCAACUAUCCCGUCCUAUCGUCCGCUGCGCCGAGCUUGCCGGCUUCAAGCCCUUCAUGGAGUACGCGGGGUCGUACGCGCUCUUCAACUACCGGCUCGAGGACCCCAAAGCGGGCCUCGAGUACUCGAACCUGAGGCUCGUCCGCGCGUUUGAGCACGGUCUCGACCCCACAUCCUCGGAGGCCGGGUUCGUAUUCGUGCACAUUGACAUGGUGAGGAACUCGGGGCCGCUCGUCCACGGCGCCAUGUCGGGACUACAAGCGCUCGUCGGGACCUCCGCGUCAGAGUCUCCCUCGGCGCGGCAAGAGCGCCGGCGCGCGUUCAACGCGGGGCUGCGCGGCAUGGUGGAGGCGAUGCGCAAGGUCAACGGCGUGAUGGAGACGAUGUGGAUGAAGUCGAAGCCGCGGGCGUACACGAGCUUCCGGACCUUCAUCUUCGGCAUCACGUCGCAGUCCAUGUUCCCGGACGGGGUCGUGUACGAGGGGGCCAACGACGGCAAGCCGCUCAGCUUCCGCGGCGAGAGCGGCGCCAACGACUCCAUCAUCCCGCUCAUGGACAACUUCCUGCAGGUGCAGAUGCCCGACACCCCGCUCACCGAGAUCCUGCAGGACUUCCGCCAGUACCGCCCCAGCAACCACCGCCAGUUCCUCGUCGAGGUGAAGCGGUGCGCCGACGAGCUCGGCACCAGGGAUUUCGCGCUCGCGCUCGCGAUCGACACCGCCCCGGCCGACGGCGAGGAGGAGGAGGCGCAACUGAUCCGCGAGUCGCGGACGCUCUGGCUCCGGGCGCUCAACGAGGUGCGCGACUUCCGGUGGCGCCACUGGUGCUUCGCGCGCGAGUACAUCCUCAAGCAGACGUCGCACCCGACCGCGACGGGCGGCAGCCCCAUCGUCACCUGGCUGCCGAACCAGCUACAGGCCGUCAUGGAGGAGAUGACCGAGAUCUACGGCAGCAUCGGCGGCGGCGGCGGCGGCGGUAAGCUCGCGCUCGGCCCCGAGUGCCGCGACAUCAUGGACCUCGUCGAGCGCCAGCACGACACCCUGAGGAAGGAGGUCGACAAGUACUGCCGCGAGCGCGGCGUCGGCGCCAACUAACUUCCCGCAUGUUUUUUUUAUAGAUUAAUCGGCUAGGCUGGCCUCUUUUAUCGAGGUCCCCGUGUUAUUGAAGGGGGGGUGGGGGACUUGUAAUCAAGUCAAUGUAGGAUCGAGG